AUGACCCCGGGACCCCCCACAGCCUUGCAAUUGCCAGCGCCGAUUAUCGGAGCUGCUUUGCCUCGCUGUCCUACCGUCGGAGCACAGCAGCAGCCACACUACUCAACUACCGGACUUGCUACACAACCCUACAGCUACUCUGACGUUGUCCCAGUCUUGGAGCAGAUCUAUUCUCUCCCUCCUCUGCGAUCACACUUGACAUAUGCACCUGUGUACACGUUUAAUGGAGCCCUAGCCCAUAUGCCGUUAGGCCCGAUGCACAACACUCUACUUGACCCAUGCAAUCAAGUGGACCUUAACUCACGGGUUGAUUAA